CUUAAACGCUUUAUGUUAUGAAAUAUAUUCGGGAAAUCUUUUCAAUCGCUCUUCUUCUGACAGAAGUCGGAGCUGCACACUCUAGUUGGUGGAAUUCUUCAGCCUCGUACUUGCAUGGCAGGCCACCAGUGAGAACAUUGAACAAGAAUGGAAUUCGUCGAACCUCGGGUGGUCAUGCGGUCCCUUGGCUAUUAAGGAUAGUUGAUGGACCUACUUUCGUCUGCGGAGCCUCGUACUUAAGUGCUUUGUAUGCCCUCACCUCAGCAAACUGUAUGCAUAGUCAUAGGUCACAGAUGGAGUCGCUCAGUGUGGAGUUGGUAUCGUCGGACAGCCGGCAGGAUAAUCAGCUUGAUUCGCAUGAUCCUCCAAACGCCCUUAUCCGCAACAUAAUCGUUUCGAAGGAUUGGCACUGGCCUGGAACUUUUAUGGAUGUCGCUGUCAUAGAACUGACCAACCGCCUGCGUGGCAAUCGGAAUAACUAUGUUACCCUCUGUACCAAUCCGCUGAGCUCGUACAAAAGCCUUUCCGUUGUGUCCUACGGCGCAGGACCCGCGGAAAACGUACGAACAGAAGAAAUUGAGGUGCUCAACCGAAUGAUCUGCGAUUCGGCGUACGGCAAUUUUCUUCUGCGCGAAACUGUCGCCUGUGCCAAGGAAUUUAAAAGGAGCGCAGACUGUAUGUUUAGCGCCGGAUGUCCUGUGACUGCUGGAGAUCAGCUUUGUGGUAUCGUCGCCUGGAGUCCCGCCUGCAAGAGAUCCAAUUUACCAGGGAUCUUCACCGAUAUCCAUCAGGUUAAACGAUUCAUUCUGAAGGCGAUCAGUGGAAAGCAUAAGGGCACUAGCCAUCCAAAAACGGAACGGGCAUCAGAUAACGUACCCGAGUGGCACUCGGGUCUCUGGCUAAGUCGUUAAGCUCAUUGUGUGCAUCCAUGUCUUUUACUAUUAUGCUAUUAAAGUUCAUUUUGGGAAUACCCU